AAACACAUGGAGGGCUUCUGGUUGCAUGUUGCUGAGGCUGUGGGGUCACGAUCUGCCGAGGAAUGCCAGCAAAGGUACACGGCAGAUCAGGAGGGCAGGAAACGGGCCCCUCUGAAGACCACCAAGACCAGGAAGAAAGCAGACAAGGGAGAGGGAGUGAAGAAGCAGCCGUUGAUCGAUGCCAAGGUGGGGACCCUGAAAAGAAGGCGGCAGAUGCGGGAUUUCCUGGAGCAGCUGCCCAAGGACAACCACGAGGACAUCUUCACUGCCACCCCCUUUCAGAAGAGAAACACCAAACUGCCACAGUUCCGCACAGUCCAAGAGGACGAUAUUUUCCAGCUGAAAGACACCCACCCCAUCACCCCCUCGUCAGCCAUCUUUCCUCUGGUGAAGACCCCCCAGUGUGAGCACGUCACUCCUGGAAUGCUGGCAUCCCUGAACAGGAAGGACCACGACAAGCACGUGUUCCACCUGCAGAAGAACCUCAAGGGCUCGGAGCACACCUGGAAGAACGUGAAAAGGAAGUCGCCUAUGCGCAACUUCGGCACGCCCACCUCGCGGAGAAGGAACAUCUUCAGCUUUGAUGAAGGAGCUCUGUCGCAGCUGAAGGCCAGGCCCGUUUUCCCAGCCGAAGGAGGCAUACAGUCUGAGGAUGACGACGAGGACGACUUGUAUUUUUCUACGUAGCCCCAGCCCCCUUGCCUGAGAUGGUUACUCCGAAAGUCCCUGGUCUUCAGGCAACCUGGAUGUGUGUGUGUGUGUGUGGUUUCCCACCUGUGUUUAAUCAGUUACGCAGUCAGGAUCUGGCUUCCUUUAUCGAACUCAGCCUUGAGUUGUCUGUGGCUGCAGCCCAGCUCAAACUUCCGGUAUGAAAGGGUGCGACGUAGUUUGUGUGUGUGUGUUUCUUGCUCUCUCUCUCUCUCUGCCCCCCCCCACACCCCUGUUUAUUGUCUCCUUUGCCCCACUCCCCCUGUGGCAGGGGGCAGAAAAGCAGUGGCUGGGACAGGCUGUUUUGGGGGUUUUGGUUUUUUUUAAAGCAAAAUAACGUUUUUUUAAAGCUACUGUACAAUAAACCUACUGGAGCAGUUUGUAAUAACAAGGGAUUUUUUAAAAACGCAAUUGAAAGCGGUUGUAUAUAUAUAUAUUUUUGUAUUAAAUGUGGAUUGGCAGCUGCCAGAUGCAA